UUAGAAUAAAAUAUAGCGAGCCAGACGUUUGUGUCACUGAAAAAGCAAAAAUCUAACCACCGAAGACUAGCAAGGAAAGAAACAAAGAAUUUGGAAAAGUUCGUGUUUGGCAAAUUAUGAAUUUUUAGUCAAGUCAUUUGCUGUACACUUCGCAAAAAUAUAAAUUACUAAAAAAUAUAGAAUAAUGGCCAGCGCGUUGGAGAACUAUGUUAACAAUGUGCGGACAAAGAGUGCCGAAGGUAACUUCCGGAUAAUGGUGGAACAACUAAACGACUCUGUCGAGAUUCUUUCAAGGUAUUUGGACCUGCUAGAUAACGUUCUGGAGACGUUGGACUUUCAGCAGCAUUCGCUGGGCGUACUCUACGUCUUGCUGGUGAAAUUCAACGGCGCUGCGAAUGUAAAUACAGAUCUGCCGCAGCUGUUCAACCUUUACAAAGAAUUUAUAAGUCAGUGCAAUGGAGAACAAGUGCGGUAUGCUACGUACACCUACUAUGAUCUAUGCCACAUGUUUACAAACCUGGUUGUUGACCAUCCAUAUUGCAUUCAAGGCAUCAAAGUUGUAGCACAAGCUAUCGAAAAAAUUCGUCUCUGUGACUCGCAACAAACCAGCAUUCACUCUGAUCUCUGCCAGCUGAGUUUGAAGGCAAAGUGUUUUAAAACUGCAUUGGGCUUUCUGGAUGUAGAUAUAACCACCAUAUCAACUGCAUCUGAAAUACGAGGGCAACACUCAACUGACGCGAAUAAUGACGCCAAAUAUUUUCUGCUCUAUUACUAUUACGGCGGUAUGAUAUACACUGCCAUAAAGAAUUUCGAUCGCGCCUUGUAUUUCUUUGAAGUCUGUAUAUCAACUCCCGCUGCAGCCAUGUCACAUAUAAUGUUAGAAGCAUAUAAAAAAUUCUUACUGGUUUCUCUAAUUCUGCAUGGAAAGGUUUUGCCACUACCAAAAUAUUCAGCACAAGUAAUUCCGCGAUUUAUGAAACCUCUCGCUCAGGCGUAUCACGAUUUGGCAACCGCCUACGCGACAUCAUCAAGUGAUGAACUACGCAUUAUAAUGAACAAAUCUAGUGAAACCUUUAUUCGGGAUAAAAAUAUGGGCUUAGUUAAACAGGUUGUAACUUCGCUUUAUAAGAAAAAUAUACAGCGGCUAACCAAAACCUUUUUGACGCUCUCUCUUUCCGACGUUGCUAGUAGAGCUCAACUUGCAGAUGCGGCCGAGGCGGAAAAAUAUAUUCUUAAUAUGAUUAAAUCAGGUGAAAUUUAUGCAACAAUAAAUAAGAAAGACGGAAUGGUAGUCUUCAAAAAUGAUCCUGAAAAAUACAAUUCUCCCGAAAUGUUCCUUAAAGUUCAAGAAGAUAUGGCACAAACGAUGGAAUUGAUAAGGCAGAUUAACAAAAUGGAAGAAGAAAUUUUACUCAAUCCAAUGUACGUUAAGAAAGCUUUGGGCAACCAAGAGGAUGAACUAACGUCUCAGCAUGCAAAAUCUUUUUCCGGAGAUCCAACGGAUUGAUGAUACCAAAAAAGCGAAUAUACUCUAUCCGCGCUUUUGUUAAAAGAGAAAAUGUACGAAACCUACUUCAUCUGCUUCAUGCUCAAAUGCAUUUCUUCUGUAAUCAACAAAGAACUUGUGUGCAGCAAAACUUUGCCUAUAAAGAAUUAUUAAAAAAUUGUUUUUAAAUUCA